AUGCGAGCCAUUCUGAUCAUCCCCGCCCGUUACGGAUCGACGCGCCUGCCGGGCAAGCCGCUGACGCGCAUCGCCGGGCAAACAAUGCUGUCUCGGGUGUGCAAUAUCGCCCGCGCCGCGGCGCGGGACAACGGCGACAUCGACGUGGUGGUGGCGACGGACGACGCCCGCAUCGGCGCGCAUUGCGAGGAGAUUGGGGCACCGUGGGUGAUGACGCCGACAUCCUGCCCCAGCGGCACGGACCGGGCGCUGGCGGCGCUCCGGGAACUGCCGCUGGCGUACGACGUGGUGAUCAAUCUGCAGGGCGACGCGCCGCUGACGCCGCCCGAUUUCAUUGCCGCCAUGCUGCGGGCUUUCGAGACCGACCCGUCAAUCGAGGUGGUCACACCCGCGGUGCGGUUGAGCUGGCCGGAACUGGACCGGCUGCGGACCCAGAAGCGCGAGACGCCGUUCAGCGGCACCUGCGUGAUUGUGGACCCGCAUGGCAACGCGCGGUGGUUUUCCAAGCAGAUCAUUCCGGCCAUGCGGAAUGAGGAAGCGCUGCGGCGGCAAGGGGCCUUAUCCCCGGUACUCCGACACGUCGGGCUGUAUGGCUACAGCCGCCAGAUGCUGGAAACCUACGUCACGCUGCCGGCGGGAUACUACGAGCAACUUGAGGGAUUGGAGCAGCUUCGGGUUCUGGAGCACGGCUACGGCAUCCGCGUCGUGCAGGUUGAUUACCGGGGCCGCGCCGCCAUGUCCGGUGUGGACAGCCCCGAGGACGUAGCCCGCGCCGAGGCACUCAUCGCCCGCCACGGCGAGUUGCUGGCGGAUUGA